UCUGUGAGGUGGUGGGAGCCGCAGGCGGGACUCAGGGGGCCCAGGAAACCAGAAAUGGACUCAGUGGCCUUUGAGGAUGUUAAUGUGGAGUUCACCAAGAAGGAGUGGGCUUUUCUGGAUCCGACCCAGAAGAAACUCUACACAGAUGUGAUGCUGGAAAUCUUCUGGAACCUGGCAUCAGUAGCAUGUAUUUUAGAAGAAAAAUGGGAAGACCAUGACUGUGAAGAUCAGUAUGAAAAUCAUGGGAUGAAUCUUAGUGUCAAAGUUUCUAAACAGGACUUAAAAGACAACAUGGUCAUCCACUGCAUGACAUUCCGGAAAAGCUCCAGGGUUGGAGGACCCUCUAACAAAUCCAUGUUCAAAAGCAGAUACAGUAUAAACAGCCACAAUGACUGUGUUCCUUUGGGUUGAUGGAGUGCUUUCCGUCUUGAUGGUGGUGUAACUGUAUUUAUGAAAACUCAUAACUGCU